GGAGAAUCCACGUGACUCCCACGUCGGACGGGAUUUUCCGAUAUUUAGAUGAUAUCAUAAUGACAUGGCGCAGGAAGUCAAAACAGAAGACCCCAAUGUAUGUAUGAGAGUGAUGGGGCAUGGAUAAGGGGGCGCUAAAAGAUGACCACAUGUCCAAAGAGACGGGCACAUCACCAGUAACAGAUCUCCAGGAUUAUCUGACCAGGAUUACCUCCCUUCUCAAACAGAGAAACUUUCAUGAAGCAUUAGACAUAUGUGACACUGCCCUAAAUGAAUAUAGAAAUGAAGAAAAACUACAAGAAAAGAAAAUCAAAAUAUUGUGCCACCAAGGAAGAUUUGAAGAAGCUUACAAUAUUGCAAAGAAGUGGUCACUAAGAGAUCCAAAGAACUUCACAGCACAGAAGGAACUAAAGAGACUGAAGAUUGUUAUACAUGCAUUAAAUGACCAGGAUGAGGACAGUGAAGAGGAGGAAUCAGAAUCCAUAAUAGAGGAGGUUGAUGAGACGAAAGAGGAAACAGAAGAUGACGACAAAAGGUCAUCUCCUGAGGGAAUGGAAACUGAGAACAGUCAUAACUCUAUCACGCAGACCCAACCUGAUAAUCACUCUGUCAUCACCCCACAAACCUACAGCCCGCAGACUGUAGAAUCAGGUAUGUACCCUUCCCCACCCUCACAGAUACAGGGGGUCAACAAGGGAAUGGAAACUGAGAACAGUCAUAACUCUCUCACGCAGACCCAACCUGAUAAUCACUCUGUCAUCACCCCACAAACCUACAGCCCGCAGACUGUAGAAUCAGGUAUGUACCCUUCCCCACCCUCACAGAUACAGGGGGUCAACAAGGGAAUGGAAACUGAGAACAGUCAUAACUCUCUCACGCAGACCCAACCUGAUAAUCACUCUGUCAUCACCCCACAAACCUACAGCCCACAGACUGUAGAAUCAGGUAUGUACCCUUCCCCACCCUCACAGAUACAGGGGGUCAACAAGGGAAUGGAAACUGAGAACAGUCAUAACUCUCUCACGCAGACCCAACCUGAUAAUCACUCUGUCAUCACCCCACAAACCUACAGCCCACAGACUGUAGAAUCAGAUAAACGGAAACAUGUCUGUACCUUCUGUAACAUCCGUUUUGACCAACAAGAAGAACUGGACACACACUGUAAGAGUGACUUACACAGAAAAAAGAUCACAGCCGACGAUGACCAGAACUGGAAGUACAGGGAGCCACCUCGAGGAUUUGGUGCUGAAGAUUAUUCUCUGUGUAAAAGUACGGAGGAGAUCGGGAAGUGUGCCUUCAGUGACAAAUGUACCGAGGCUCACUCUAAAGAAGAACUUGCCGAGUGGCAGAUGCGUUUUAAAUUUCGAAAACAACUUAUCAAAGUGGCACAUGAUAAACAACUGCAUGGCAACACUUACGCUGAACAGCUGAUAGAGAAACUCAUGAAUUCAGAUAACCCCAAAUCUCUCAUGGUGUCUAAUGUGGACUACUCCAAAGUACAUGUGAAUUCUGACCUCAAAGUUAACAUGACCUCAAAGAAAUGUACAAGUGCCUGGACUUUCACCAUAACUAGCAAGAGAAGUCUUCACAUAGUGGCUUUACUGGACGAUACAUACCGAACCUAUUUUCAUAUUGCGAGUAUUUCCGUGGGGCCAAAGAAAACUCAGAAGUACCAGAACCUGGAAACGCACUGCCAGGAAUGGGUGAACCCGGAGUAUCCCAACGUCACGCUAGGGGAAUAUGUAUACAGAGUCAAGGUGGUGUUUAAGACUGAUAUUUACGGAACUUUCCGUCAGACGCUAGUAAUGGACUAUGGGUUUGAUCCUGUACUCAGUCGAGAGCUCCAAGUAGAAUCAGCUCCUAUCACAGACACAGAGAAGGUGUUCAAUGACUUCCUUCAAAGCAAUCAGGGCAGAUGGAAGAAAAACAACGUUCAGCUGCUGCCAUUUGCACUCAAACCAAUACCCAACACAGCCAUAGAGGACAAGCUACUGGCCAAAUACUCCCUGCCUGAUAUUGAAAAAUUUCGCUUCGAGGACCACCUGAUGCAUUCACCAACGAAGGAAACAUACCGCAUCUGGAUGCAUGAGAUGUUGUAUGUGGAGGAAUGGUCACAGUUGGACAGUAUAUCUAGGUACAGCCUGAACACAUCCCUUCAGUUGGUGAACCGUUUCCUCCUGGUCCCGGGAAUGAUAUCAGGUGCCAAGUACGCCCAGGAUGGAGAGCUUUUCGCUCGCAUGGCCCUAGAGGACAGGUUGUCAGAGGACUAUGCUGGAGGUCGCCUCAUCCUCAACUCCACACUCGCCUGGCUUGCACCACAGGAUCAGAAGAAGAAAGAGGCCUCUACCAAUCUACCUAAGGUUUAUGAAGCAGUCAUAGAGGAUAAGGGUAAAAACUUCAUCUUUCUCCGCCUGUCAAAGGAAUGUGUAGAUGAACUCCACCUUUCAUGUGACCAGGAAUUUUCUGUACAGAUUCAGUUCCAACUGAAUCGUCUGCCAAAGUGUGAGAUGCAUGCAGCCAUUGACAGACUCCCAACACUUGAUCUAGUAUUCCCACCACCGAACAAGUUCCCCACCACUUCCUGGGUCAAGGGCAGUCCUGAGUUGAGUGAAGUUGUCAGUACAAAGUUGAAUGAGAAGCAGAGGGAGGCCAUUUUGAAAAUUACUGCUGAAGGCAAUCUGUCCUUACCUCCCAUCCUUCUGGUGGGGCCAUAUGGUACAGGAAAAACCUACACCCUCGCCCAGGCAGCUAAGCAGAUCCUUCAACAGGAUGAUACUCGCAUCCUCAUCUGUACUCACUCCAACAGUGCUGCUGACCUGUACAUCAAAGAGUUUCUCCACCCGAUGGUCAAGGAAGGAUACUUGGAAGCAAGACCGCUCCGUCUGUAUUUUAGGCACAGAUGGAUACAGACUGUCCCAGAGGUCGUCAUUCAGUACUGCAUCCGAGCCACCGCUGGGUCGUCUGGCAUCUUCAGGUGUCCAGUCUUAGAGGAUGUGGAGAAACACAGGAUCGUCAUAACUACCCUUGGUACAGCGAGGUACCUCUGUGACCUUGACCUUGAGCCAGGAUUUUUCACCCACAUAUUUCUGGAUGAGGCAGCGCAGGCUAUGGAAUGUGAUAGUCUCAUUCCCCUGUCUCUAUGUGGACCUUACACACGUGUGGUUCUGGCAGGGGACCAUAUGCAGCUGAGUCCGGAGAUAUACUCUGACCUGGGGCGACAACAGGGAUUCCACAAGUCCAUGUUGGAGCGACUGCAUGAGUUGUACCCAGACGACGUCCCCUGUAAAGUGAUGCUGUGUGAAAACUACCGAUCACACUCGGCAAUCAUCGACUUCACCUCUGACUUGUUCUAUGAAAGUCAGCUGAUGGCCAGCAGCGACCAGCCCUGUCACCCGCUGUACUACCCACUAACUUUCUACUCGGCUCGCGGUGAGGAGGUGCAGCAUGAAAACAGUAUAGGGUUCUACAAUAUUGCUGAGGUUCAUGAGGUGAUUGAUCGUGUAGAUCAGCUUGUUAGAAGCUGGCCAAGCUCGGAGUGGGGCGAGCUAGGGGAGGGCUCUAUUGGCGUGCUAACCCCCUACACUGACCAGGUGUUCCACAUCCGAUCAGAGUUACGAAAAAGGAAAUAUUACAAUAUCAAAGUGGAGCGAGUGUUUAAUGUACAAGGAAAGCAGUUCCGGGUAGUGAUCCUGUCCACGGUUCGGACUCGACACAGCUGUAGCGCUGACACUAUACAAGAGGAUGUUGUCAAUUAUGGCUUCUUGUCCGAUAUCAAGCUCCUCAACACUGCCAUCACCCGUGCACAAUCCCUUGUCAUGGUGAUUGGUGAUCCCGUCUCCCUCUGCCUUGUUGGAAAGUGUCGAAACAUCUGGGAGUACUAUCUGGAAAUUUGUCAUGACAACAACAGUAUAUUUGGUACCACCUGGAACCAGCUGAAGACCCAACUUACGUCGGCCGACAUGCGCAAGACGUACAUUCUUAACCCUCUCGCCCCGGAGUUUGUACCAAAUAGAGUCUUUCACAUCACUACACCAGAACUUACCCAGCAUGCAAUUUCAGGGUCACAUGCUAGUAAUCAUGGCAUUACUCAACAGCCGCAGUACUACAUGGGCCAAAGGAUGACCUACCCGGGUCAGCAGUUCACUCAUCCACAGAUGUUUCCUCAGCCCUAUAUGCCAGUACCCUACCCAGGCCUGGUUCCACAUGUUGUAUUCAAUAGACAGGGUAUGCCGCACAUUGUCGGGUCUCCAGCCCAGGGCAGACCACCUGUACGAGGCUAUCACCCCCGUCACGCAUCCCCACUAGCAGCCAUCCCAAAGAUCAGGCCAGGCGAUAAAGACAAGGUCAAGAUUGACCCAACACAACCUGAUGUAAUAUUGGCAGGAAAGAAAAUGCCAUCGGGGGCCCAUCGUGGACGGCAGAUUAUGUACAUGCCUCAGCGUAUGUCAGCAGCCUAUCAGCAAAUGUACUAUUACCCGCAACACUACGGAGGAUACUACUACAUGCAGGACGACCCCAGAGUUCUAAUCAACCAGCAGCACCCACGAGGGCCUCUAUUGCACCAGCUUGGGCCACAUGCACAGCAUCCGAGUCAGUUUUACCCAAUUCUUCGUCCACACUACGCCUCGUUGGGGCCAGAUGAUGCAGAGGACAAGCGCAGCUCUCAGACAUCUUCUCCUGCAUCCUCGCAAGGUCGUUCAGGGUCACCCGCUACAUCUCCAGGAUCGUCAGUUGCAAGUCAACAGAUUCAGCUCCUUCCAAAUGUCCGUCAUGUGCCGAUUCACCUGUUUCCAAAAACAGCCACUUCAACAAGCAGUUCUCGCUCGAGUACACCACAGCGAACAGAAUCACCUCAAAGGACACAGGACACAGGUACCAUUGCAGAUCCACAAGCUUCACAGAAAAUUGAGGCAGGUUACCUGAAAUCUUCAAGUCCUGCCUUGGAGCAUCAGGAGAGAAGAGGAUCUGCGAAUAGCCCUCUUGCUAGGGUCAUUGCUUCAGCUCAGCGACAGGCACCAACAAAUGCUGAGGGUGGACUGGUACUUUCUACUCCAUACAGUAGUGGUUUCGGUGAUAUGAUUAUGCCAGGUCAAAAUGGAGACGUGAAUGAUUUAGUAAAGAAGGAAAAACAAAAGCGGACUCCUGUAGGACUACGACUAGAAACAGGAUUCAGUCGUCAGUUUAGUGAAGAUCUGGAAACCCCUACAGAGAUCACAGACUUAGUGAAGAUGAUGGAUGAGACAAUAGAUGAAGGGCAUGAAUCAGCCGAGGAGGAAGAAGAAUGGAACAGACAGCAGACAUCAGAGAGCAGCUCAUUCUUUGUGUCCCGUACAACUUCCAAGACUACUUCACGUAAACUUCAUCUUAAGAUUCCUCAACAGUCCUCAAUAGAAACUUCAGAAUCAUCAGGAUCACCCCCAUCUAGCCCUCCUGGUCAGGAUCAAAAUCAAAAACCAACAUAUGCCGGAAUGCUGCGUCGUCGACUUCCUUCAGCCACAAAUGACAUUGAUCCAAGCCUUCUUGAACCCCAGACUCCCCACACUCCUGCUGGCUUCGUCUCUCCUGGGACCGACAUUGACACAGACCCAUUGGGAAUCCUGAGAAAUCUGAACAUCAAUGCUUCAACAGAGAAACAGAGAACUUACAAGUACUUCUCGUAGAUAUGUGAAAAAAGUUACAAUUACUUAAGUGAGGGUUUGCUACAAAAUCUAUUCAUAAAAUGUGAGGCAAAGCUACUUUGUGUCAACAGGAAAGCAGAGUUGUUACAAAAAUGUCUCGUUAAAUGUAUAUAGUAACCUGUGUUGAAACAAACAGAAUGUUUGCAGUUACAUUAAGUUACCACAGAAUUUUGACACAGUUAUAUAAAAAUUAAUGUAGAUAUAGUGUUUCUAUUUUAGAAAAGAAAGAAGAGAUAAGAUGGAAUUGUAAUUGUGUUGAUGAGUGCACAUUUAUUUUUAUAAAUUGACUAUGGUAAGUGCGAAUACAGGCUGUAUAUAAAUCCCUGUUGAUUCCUCAUUAAGGGCUGUACAUAUUUUUGUCUCUGGAUUUGCUAUUGGUUAUAGGCUAACUUUUAUCGCUGUUAAUUGUCUUUUCACUAUGAAGUAGGGUAUAAAUGUGUUGUAGUGGCAGGAUAUCAUCUUCUUGCAGGUUCUUUGAUAGAAAUCUUUGCUUUAACUACUUGUCAUUCUCAGGAUGAAAAUAAUCAGGUUUUUGAUGAUGGCCUUUCUUGAAUAUUUAUAAAUUGGUGUUAUUUUUGUGGUAAAAGUAACGGAAUAGAUGAUUUUACUGGAUUAAUGACAUUGCAGUUGGUAUUGCAGGCUGGCUAGGUAGAGAACUAUUGUGUAAGCAUCUUUUGUUAAAUACUGAUAAGUAGUUUUGGAUGAUAUUGUAUCUAUUUCUUGGUGUUUUCUGUGUUGCAGUGAAAUGUUACAGAGUUAUCUUCCCUUUUUGACAAAGGUGUUAUCUCCCAUCUGACAAAAUGGAACAGUUUGUCAAACUUUCAGAGUUCUGUGCUUUUGAUCACUGGUUGAUCACAUCCUUUAUCUUAACAAAGUGUAUAUCCCCUUGUCACUGUUUCCUGAAAUCAUCCUACAUGAUUAUCUGCCCUUGAUUUAUUGAAUUUUUUUUUGUAUCAGACUGUGAAGAUGUAGGUUCCUUGUUACUGACAAACAUGUACUAUCCAUACUUCAGAGUUGCCCACCCUUGAUUCAUGGAGUGUAAUAUUGUAAAGUAGUUGUUGAUGGCUUAUUUCACCAGACUCCAGAGUUGUCUGCCCUUAGUCACUGGUUUGACAAGGUUUGUUGCGUACAUUCAUGCACAUUUGUCAAUCACUCAGGUGUAUAUGUAUAUAGUGUAAUUAGCACUUCAUUGGUUUAUACUUAAUUUAGAGAACCUUAACUUGAAUAUUAUUUUCAAAAAAAUAGAUCUAAUUGAAACAUCCAAUUUGCUAUGACAUGCUGGCAGAUUUUAUUUCUGACCAUGCAUGCUUCAUGGUUGGAUGAUGUGUAGGUUAUUUAUCACAAAUAGCUCUAUUUAGUUUAAGACGUAGACUUUAUCCCAACAGUUGUAAUGAAAACUGUCCGUUAUUCUUUUUUAGAUGUUUAAGUGCAUGUGUACUAUAAUAAUCAAUAGUAGUUUGUUGUGUGGCGUGUAUAUAUAUAUAUAUAUAUAUUUAGUAACAGCUUAUCUAAGUAUAACAAGACAUAACCUGAUUAAUUUUCAAUCAGUUUUUAAAUGUGUACAGGUAUUUCCUAUAUAUAUAGGAUCUUACAUGAGUGUCAAUUUCAUACGAGUUUCAUAAUUUCAUAUGAAAUGAAAA